UAUAUCAUUGACCUGCCUCCAGUGUACCUAGUCGGCAUUAUGGCUCACGAUAAACCAACAAUGCUAGUCUGACUUGAAUAAGUAUAAAGGACUUGAUGAAAUUUGUUUUGUAGUUUCAGUCUCAUCAACCUCAAUACUUAUCAUCCCCUCUUAUUACUUCUCUAAAAUCGCUUUCCCAAACUGACAAAUAUAUUGGAAUAUUGAGAUGCCGACAAACUAAAUCGCCACAAACAUGAGUUCAAGAAAUCGUACUGUUGGCCAUGGAAGAUUCGAAAGUGAUGGUAAAGUCAGCGAAAUCAUUGAUAUGUACGGGGAUAUGAAGGUCUCUAGGCAUACUUCUCGAAACACAGGGUCUGGUGAUAAGAUCGAUCCCAAGACAUCCAGAGGACGCAAUGCGCCACAUGUUUCUACCUGGUCUGCAUCCACUGCUAGUACGGCAUCGGAUGGUGAUAGAACAUCUAGAGUAAAUUCUAAGAGAUCAGAAUUGCCAAUUCAGUCUAAAGGACAAGCUCAGGGAUUUGAAGAUAAAUAUUUCCGUCCGAGUAGCUCUGUGAUGAGGUCACCCCCACGUACUCCUGAGAGACGUACGAGUCCCUCAGCAAAAAGUAAGGCAAAAUCUUUGAUUCUACCUAUACUCUUACUAACACCAGGUAGAUCGGGUGAUACAGGGCUCGGAUGACAAUACUACCACCAAAAAUACCAACAGACAGAACACUCUCCGGGAUCUCGAAGGGAAUAGCGAAAAACCUCUUCCAUUAACUCCUGGUUCCAGAAGAAGAGUCGAGACUGCUGCAAAAGCGCUCAAGGAUGCACAAGAGGAAAGGAGGCAGGAGAGGAAUGAUAAUGGAAGGCAAGCAAAAACAGAUAAGCUUCCUAGAGAACCCGCCCCAGUAAGGAGGUAGACGGAUACGAGGGCCUUAAGGCCCGAGGGAAGAAAGUGUAAGACCGAAGAAAAGAUAGGAAGAGCACUGGGAAGAAAGAGCAAGAAAGACUCGUCGCAGAAUGGAUCCGUCCUCUAAUACGAGGAGAACUGAUAAGUCGCCAAACGGAGAUCGCUCUAGAAGAGAUGAGCAGUUUUUUUUUCUUCAAACUUUUCUCGGGUUACUGCAACUUUAGUAUGAGAUUAGAUCAGAUCCAUAAGAGUCCUGUUUAUUCCUGCAUGUUUAAUCUUUUUCAUGCACAGUUACCUCGCGUAAAGUUACUCUGUUGUCAUUACUGGGCGUUUUAAACGUUAUGUGUGGAAUCUUGUUUCGCAUUACUGUAUGUUGUGGUGUUAGAGUUUUCAUUCUGAUAGUGGAAUGAUCUCUACCGAUAUUGAAAGGAGUCAACGGUGCAUGUUUCACUGUUCGUUCAAUACUUGUACUUGAGGUUACUUUACAGAUUAUAAGUCUUAACUCCAGUAGCCUAUAUUCCACUGCGAUAUUGUGCCCGGAAGAAAAAUUCGUUUUAUGGAAUCAUGGGUUUAGAGCUCAAGAAUCUCUCGAUUUCUCUCACUGGUCUCGGAAAUUAGAAAUUAGAAGUUGGGUAUCAUGGGCUUGAGAUGCUCGGACUGCUGGAAAAUAAAUU